AUGCCUUUUGUAACCACGAGCGACAAGACUGAGAUCUUCUACAAAGACUGGGGCAACCCGGCCGGUAAACCAGUCGUCUUCUCUCACGGCUGGCCCUUGAACAGCGACAACUGGGAGAACCAGAUGUUCUUUCUCGCUUCUCAUGGAUAUCGCUGCGUAGCACAUGAUCGAAGAGGUCAUGGGCGGUCUUCUCAACCAUGGGAGGGAAACGAUAUGGACACCUAUGCUGACGACUUGCUCGUACUUUUCGAACAUCUUGAUCUCAAGGAUGCUAUGAUGGUUGGCCACUCCACAGGCGGAGGUGAAGUAGUCCGCUUUCUCGGUCGACACAGCACAUCCCGAGUAUCAAAAGCAGUACUCGUCGGAGCGGUCCCUCCAGUCAUGGUACAGAAGGAGUCCAACCCUAAAGGACUCCCGAUUUCAGUGUUCGAUGGCUUCCGCUCCGCAAUGAUUCAAGAUCGCGCUCAAUUUUUCCUCGACGUACCCACUGGUCCCUUCUUCGGGUUCAAUCGUCCAGGCGCAAAGAUGAGUCAAGGCUUGAUUCAAAGCUGGUGGUCACAAGGCAUGAUGUGUGGAUUCAAGAAUGCCUAUGAUUGUGUCAAGGCGUUUUCGGAAACUGAUAUGACGGAGGAUAUGAAAAAGAUUGAUAUCCCGGUAUUAUUGCUACAUGGGACUGAUGAUCAGAUUGUGCCAAUCGAUGAUAGUGCGAGGGAAGGUAUCAAGCUGCUGAAAAAGGGAACGUUGAAAGAAUACCCUGGUGGUGCUCAUGCCUUGCCAAAUCUCAACAUUGAGGAGAUCAACCAGGAUUUGUUAAACUUUUUGAAGUCAUGA